AAUAGCCACACACAAAAACCCUUUCUCCUUGGGCUCUUCUUUCAAACCUCUCUUCCCUGCUUAUUGCAGGGAACCCACUCCCCAUCUUGAAUCUCUUUUGUUCACCAUGGAAGUUAAAAAUCAGAUCAGUGGUGUAGAAGAAGAGAUCAAGAACAAGAUGAAGAAGAAAAGAUCACGUGGCAUGCACGUGAUCGGUGUGGUUUUAUACAUGCUUCGCCGUCGUAGGAGGAUAAAGCCGUUUAAAAACGGGUUUUGGCGGCGAGUUGUUGAGUCCUUUCAGCAAUUGAAAAACGAUAAAAUUACCAUGCAGCCACCGUAUAAUAUUACGAUAAUGCCAUCAGCUUCUCCGGUGAAGGAGAAACCUCCAGCGAGUAGUGACGAUCAGUUAUCAGAAUUGGUAGAGGUUUUCACGGCGACGUCUUCUUCUUGUUCUUCGGGAAUCUCUGGAUAUGGAUCGGCAAAGUCUUUGCGUGAUAUGGAUUGUCUCGAUGAAGAUGAUGAUGAUGAUGAUGAUGAUGAUGAUGAUGAUGAGGAUUGCUAUGGGGACGUUGAUGGAGGUGAUGAGAUGAUUGACGUGAAAGCGGAGGAAUUUAUUGAGAGAUUUUACGAGCAAAUGAGGAUGCAAAAUCAGGCUUAUACAGGACGUUGCAAAGCCAAAGGGAUGAUGACGGUCUAGACAUGAAGCAUAUUAUAUGACAUGAACGUAUGCGUAUGAUUCAUACAUGCAUAGAGAUGUGCGUGUUUAUAAACUGGAAGGUUCUUAGGGUACGUCUUUGUCUUUAAUUAUAGUAAUUAUAUCGAUAUACAUUUAAUUUGUAAGAAAACAUAUCAUAUAUUUGUUCAUUUUAUAAAUUUAAUUAGUGUGUUUGUAGUCGAUGGUUAAUUUGUACGAAUUGUUUGCAAUAAUAAUAAAUUUAUAAAAUAUAUUCAUUUGUUUCC